AAAUACGUAUGUAUAACAUUGUAUAUAUAGGUGCGUCCGGACGACUGGCAACGACAUUGUAGGUGUACAAACUACAAAGACGUAUAUUAUUGUAUGUUGUAAACUGUUUAUAAUAAUUAAUAACUAUAUGUCGCCGAUUAUUAUUUAGUAGUUUGAUCCCGCGCCGCCGCAACUGRAGCGAGAGACCGCAUCGGUAUAUCUAUCCAACAAUAUUUUAAUAUCAUAAAUUAUAAUUUACGUAUUAUCGUCAGACAUCGAGUAAACAAGGCGAUUGCGGCUCCGACGACGACAUGGGAAUUUUAAAUUUCGUAUCACUAGCAUUAUUUUCAAUUGGAUCAUCUGCUUUUCACGCGCCAUACAGUUACAGGAAACAGUUCACCGAUUCGGAAAGUGUAAAUAAUUUUUUCGAUGGCAAGAAGUGGGUAGUUUUGGUAGCCGGUUCGGAUGGAUGGCGUAAUUACAGACAUCAGGCGGACAUAUGUCAUGCAUACCAAAUAGUUCGAAAAAACGGAAUACCGAAAGAAAAUAUCAUUACGAUGAUGGUGGAUGACAUUGCGAACAACCCAAGGAAUCCCACGCCAGGAAUAAUAGUUAAUCAACCCGACGGAAAGGAUGUGUACAAAGGAGUUGUUAUCGACUACAAGGGGACGGACGUAAACAGCACAAAUUUCUUGAAGAUCAUCACUGGUGACAAAAUAGCCAUGCAGUCUAUUGGAACUGGAAAAGUAAUUGAAGGGGGACCGCGCGAUAGAGUUUUCAUUAAUUUCGUCGAUCACGGUACCACAGGAUUAUUAGGUUUUCCAGACGAUAUCUUAUACGCUGAUCAACUGAACGACGCGCUCAAUUCCAUGCAUGCAUCUUCAAGUUAUAGAAUGGUGUUGAUGUACAUUGAAGCGUGUAAGGCAGGUUCUAUGUUUGAUGGGAUUCUUUGUGACAACRCAGAUGUUUUGGCRAUAACUGCAUCAGGGCCCAGGGAAGAUUCGUAUGGAUGCUACUGUCGAUCUCAAUCUGGGCCAUAUAAGACAUGUCUUGGAGAUUUGUUCAGUGUCACGUGGAUGGAAAACUGGGACGCAAYGGUAUCCGAAUAUUCGACGAAAAAGAGAUCCGUUUUCUCUGACUUCAAUGCCGUCAGAACCAACGUCACCGAAAGCAACGUUAUGGUGUACGGUGACUUCAAAGUUGGCCAUGAACCGCUCUCCUUGUUCAUUGGUUACAAGAACCGAAACAAAAAUAACAUUUCAGCCGACUCAAUAACGAACACAACAAACGAGCCAAAGGACACAAUGUCCAGUAGAACCGUAUGUAAAAAUUCCGUAGAACAAGAAUUGAMGAGCAAUGAGUUGUCUAACUCGGAGAAGCUCAGUUUGAUAACCGAAUCACGUUUGAACAACAAAAUGAGAUUGAUCAUCGACAAAGUACUCCAGAAAAUCUAUUCCAAAGUAGUGAAGGCCAGACCRGAUAUCAUUAGUAGAGUCGGUGACUUUUACAAGCCCAAUAAUCUAGACCUCUCGUUAGACAUGUUCCCGUGUUACAGAAGUAUUCUAAAUAAAAUCACGGAGAGCUGCUUUUCUUUGCCUCGAAAUACUUACGCUUUUGAACGGUUGACAAUUUUUGCAAACUUUUGUGUCAUCGAUAAGCACAUACACAAGAUGGUCGAAAAAUUGGUCGGUGAAUCGUGUUCGAAUGUGAAAAAAUUGAAUGUAAGAAACGUAUAUUAGGAUCACGGUCACGGUGUAUACGUUUAGCAUACUGCAGUAUACUUUAUCUAUAUGAUUGUAAUUUGUAGCCAAUAAGGUGCGAGCC